AUGUGCGGCAGAUAUGCUUUGUCACUACGUCCUUCUGCAGUACGUCGCAGACUGCAAGAUGAAAACAUGCCCGUAGACGAGGCUCCUGAAGACGAUGACAAUUCGGUCCGCCAAACUUACAACUUCGCCCCCGGCAGUCAUGGCUUGGUCUAUCGCGCAGAUGUUCCAGAUUCCGGCGCUGCCUCUCAGCCUCAGGAUAAGGAACAGACUACCACUGUCGAUGGAAACGCCACUCUAGAAACUCGAUACAAGCUGCAAUCCAUGAAGUGGGGUCUUAUACCCUUCUGGACAAAGCGAUCACCUGGCUACGGUGAUAUGAUGCGCACCAUCAACUGUCGUGAUGACUCUUUGCUCAAUCCUGGAGGCCUCUGGAACACCAUGAAGCAGCGCAAGAGAUGCAUCGUCGUGUGUGAGGGCUUCUACGAAUGGCUAAAGAAGAACAACGGCAAGGAUCGAGUCCCUCACUAUGUCAAGAGAAAGGACGGUCAACUCAUGUGCUUCGCCGGUCUUUGGGACUGCGUGCAGUACGAGGGCCAGUCGGACAAGCUCUACACCUACACCGUCAUUACGACUGAUUCCAACAGUCAGCUCAAAUUCCUCCAUGAUCGUAUGCCUGUCAUUUUCAACAACGGCUCUAACCAUCUCAAGACCUGGCUCGAUCCCGCCCGAUCAGAGUGGUCCAAGGAGUUGCAGUCUCUACUGAGACCCUUCGAUGGUGAGCUCGAAUGCUACCAGGUCGACAAAGCUGUUGGCAAAGUCGGUAACAAUUCUCCUUCCUUCAUCAUUCCAAUUGACAGCAAAGAGAACAAGAACAACAUCGCCAAUUUUUUCGGCAACCAAAAGAAGGAGGCCAAGAGUGCAAACGAGGACAAGAUCGUGAAGAAGGAGGAAGACGACUUCCACACUACUGACGGUCAAGUCAAGCAAGAGCCCGAUGAGACUCGUGCCACUGUCCUUGAUCAUCAAAACACCGAGGACAAUGCACCCCGUCCUGGAGUCGAUGAAGUCUCCGAAGCGCCAGAGUCGACUGCGGUCAAGCGUGAACACUCUCCCGACAAUGCCGGUGAGCAAGAACCUGCAAAGAAGAGUCAGAAGUCCGAAGGCACUUCAAGAUCCACUAGUCGCUCUAGUCACGGCCGCACUAUGAGAAGCUCCAUUACCAACAAUACUCAAGCUAAGUCACCGCCCAGGGCUAAGGACGGCUCACAGAGAAUCACCAAUUUCUUUGCCAAGUGA